AUGGAGAUUAGGGUCUUUUCCGAGCUCAUAAACAAGAGCCAAGUGGCGGAAGAGCAUGUGAGGAAGGCGACAGUGGAAAAGGGAAGUCUGAGGAUGCUUCUUCAGAGGACUCUAGGGAGGAAUUUUACACCAAGAGGCAGGAAUUUUAAGUGUGGAGGCUUUGUCCAUAGCAAAAUCAAGGCCAGGGCAACUUUCGAAGGCCAAAUCACAAUGCUAAUCAGGGCAGAAGAGAAGAAGAAGUAUGAGACUGGUAGAGUGCAGCAGUCAGAGAGAGUGUACACCUCUUCUGUAGCAGGUGCCGAGGGAUCUGAGACUUUGAUCAGAGGUAACUGUGAAGUAGCUGGUAAAAUUUUAAGUGCUUUGUUUGAUUCUGGGAUGACACAUUCAUUUAUAGCAUUUGAAAGGGCUAAUGAGUUUGGACUGAAGAUUGUGGUCUUAAGUCAUGAUUUAAAGGUGCAUAAUGCCACUUCUGAAGCCGUUGUGACUAGGUUAGGAUGUUUACAAGUCUCGUUUCGGGUUCAACAACGUGAUUUUGUUCAUGAUUUAAUCUGUUUACCGAUGACUGUUCGGGGUCUCAUUUUGGGACUAGAUUGGUUGUCUAAGAAUCAUGUUUUGCUUGACUAUUCUGAGAAAUCAGUGUACUUUAUACCGGAGGAAUUUGAAGGGCCGAUAGUAGUGAAUAGCUACUAUUUGAACUCUAUGACAGUGAACUAUUCUGGUUAUGAGUAUGACAUUGAUGAUUUUCUAGCUAAUCUAGAGGUUAAGUUCGCAAUUGAGUUGGUGCUUGGAGCGGGUCCAAUCUCGAGUGCUCCUUAUAGUAUGUCACCUCUAGAGAUGGCCAAACUUAAGGCUCAGCUGGAAGAUUUACUGGGCAAACGCUUCAUUCGACCGGGUAUUUCUCCAUGGAGAGCACUAGUGCUACUGGUAAAGAAGAAGGAUGGGAGCAUGUGCUUAUGUAUUGACUAUUGGCAGUUGAACAAGGUUAUUGUAAAGAAUAAAUAUCUGUUACCAAGGAUCGACGAUCUAAUGGACUAA